UUUCGGGCUUUGGUUCGGACGUUCCUCGCUCGGAUUUUCUUCCUUUUAGGCGACAAGGAGCUUUCAGCCGUGCAGAUUCAGAUAUUGGCCGGAAAAGCAUAGUACGGAAAAUUCGAUUUCCUUGGUUGUGUUUCUUUCUGUGUGUGUGUUUGCAAACAUUUUGGUUUUCAGCAAUUUUUGGUUAACUUAAGUGAGCGGAAUAAAAAAAAAAAAACAACAUUGGGUCGCGCGCGCUUCUCUUUUCGCCGUCACGCGUUUUGUGAGUGUGUGUGAGAGUGAGAGUGGGGAAAUGGCAUAAGUGCAGAAUUAUGAAAGCGGAGUACUCGCUGCCGCCGAAUGUGAUUUUUGAAAGGGAAAACGGAAGCAGAGACGAAGGACCAGGAACUGGCAUCCAGGACGAGACCCCCAAUCGGCCGUUGGCUCAUUUAGAAAUCGAAGUGAUUAGAUUUGACGCCAGCAGAGGUAGUGACACCGACCGAGGAAGGAAAAGGUCAAGAAAGCAACAACACCAAAAGCACCAAGAGUGUAGGAAGAAGAAGAGGCAUCAACAGCAGCAGCAGCAUCAUCAUACCACUACAAGCAAGAGCAAGAGCCUUGCCUUAUUUUUAGAUUACCUACGCCAGUGUCCCGCCAUCGAAAUUGUCGCCGCCUGUGACGACAGCACCGACCACGCCUACAACGGUUCGACACCUCCUCCUGCACCCACCGCCCUCUGUCCAGGCGCCGUUACCUUCCGGCGGCACACGCUUCCCCUGCUCCGCAAAUACGCCGCCAACAACGGCAGCGGUUGCCAUUUCGAGCAUAAAACCAAAAUUUAUGCUCUAUAUCGUCACCUGGAGAUCGGUGGCCCGCUCGAACAAGUGCAACAGCAACAGCAGCUGAAAGUCGGCCACAUCCAGCUGCGCUUCAAGAUGCUCUUUGCCGAGCCCCCGCCCAAGGGUCACGCCCAUGGACAUGCCCUUGGUCAUCCGCCGCCCGGUGACCCCGAAACACCUCCGCCAUCACCGCCACAGGUGAUGCCUCUGCCGCUGCCGCUGCCUCUGCCGCUGCCAGCUGCUCUGCUUCAGGACCAGCAGACGGCGGAACUUAUGUCAGGCAACACCAGCAACAUCGAGCUAAUGGAGGCCAUGAAGAAAUUGGACGCUGAUCUGGUGGCUCUGUUCGCCACCGCCGCCGCUGAGCCGCUCAAGAAGAAGCAGCAGCAGGUGCUGUGGACUGAGCCGGAAUCGGAGCAGAUUCCCGACGAUUUGGAGGAGGAGGAGGAGCUGGUCAUAACCCCGGAGAUAUUCCGACGCUGCAACGGCCUGCAGCUCCACUUGGAGGCACUCACCCUCCAGCCGGAAGGAACCCAGCGCAUGGAACUGGUCCAGAACGAGGUGCGACCCAUUUUCACGGUAGAGUGCCAGCUGUCCGCCGACUUGAUCCGGAAGGUGCCCCGCGCCCCGAUGUUCCACAUCAUGCAGUUCGAGUCGGAGAAGUUCCACAGCCUGACGCAGUGCACCCGCUUCGGCCAGACGGCCCAGCGGCAGGUGGACAUGGAGGAGAAGGACUGGGAGGAUCUGACCGCCACCGCCGGCCAUGUCGACUUCACGGUCUGGUGGCGUGAGCCCGGCACCUGUCUCAACGAGAUGCUGGGCAUGGGUCGCCUGGAGCUCCGGGAGCUGUACGAGGCCUCGCUGCUGGAGCAGUGCAAGUGCAUUGCCAUCAAGCGGCGCGACAUCCACCUGGGCAGUGUCUAUGUGAAGAUCAGCUUGCUGCAAAACGGAUUGGAGCAGCAGGGAUCGGAUCAGCAGCACCUGGGUGAUGGAAAGAACGAAAGUGGAAACAAGGCAGCAGUUAACUUGAACUCGAAAGCCGACAUAACACCCCCCCAGCCACCGCCCCCUCCGCCUCCGCCUCCCCAAGCCAACAGCAACAACAAGGCCAUCCUGGACUGUGCCAACUUCAUGGCGGAGACCAACAAGGUUCGCCUCCUCCGGGGCUACCUCUACGUGGGUGAGGUGCGUGCCCAGUCGCCGGAGGACCAGGCCGCCUGCCAGGAGGUCUCGAUGCAGCCCUUCUGGCAAGAGCAGCUGCUGGAGCGGAAGAUCGACGACAAGGGAGCCUUUGGACUGCAGGAUCAGUUCGCCAUCAUCAACGAUGUGCACUUUCUGGCCUGCGUGGAGCGCCAGCACCAGGAUUUGGAGGUCAAGCCCCUAGGCGGAGUGGUGCGCCUGCCGCUGCACCAGUUCUUCAUAGCCUACAGGGAUGCCAGCAUCACCAAUCACCUGUGCAAGGGAAAGCUUCCGGUGAUUUCCAUCGAUGGCUGGGCCCCGAUUCUCAGCCCAGAGACACAGUCCCAGUUGGGAGAGCUAAAGGUGCUCCUGGCCAUCGGAAGCGAGUCCCAGAUCGCCCAGCUGAGGCAGCAGCGCGGCCUCGAAGAGGACAUGAUUAUCCCAGAUCUGAUGGAUGUCAAGGCAAAGGAGGAGAUGCCGCCUCCCCCAGCUCCGCCAACAAACAACUUUAGCUUCCAAUUGCGUAUUGUUGGGGCGGCGGGAUUGCCCCUGAAUCCCGGCAAGACCAAGAAGCCGAACAAGCGUGGGCCCAAGCGUUUUCCACCCAACGAGCCACCCAACACCUAUGUCUCCUUCCAAGCAGCCAGCUGCAACAGUCAGACCUUCAUGUCGCCCGAGGGAUUGGUCUACGCCACUCCCAUCGUGCAGAAGUCCAUUGAACCGCAGUGGCUGAGCAAGUUCCGGGUGGAAGUAAGUGGUGACUACCGGACCAACCCCCAAAAGCUCUUCAUUUUGAAGUUGUGGAAGAAGGCGGUGGGUAACCAGGAUCCCAGUCCCCACGAGGAUGCCAUCAUUGGCUUUGCCGCCCUCAAUCUCAACGAGAAGCAGCCGAACGGAGGCUUUCCCAGUGGCUGGCACAACAUAGUCGACUUCAACGGGCACGUUACUGGGGGGAUUGAGGCCCAUGUGGAGCCCAUACCCCCGACUGUGGAUGCUGUGAUCGAGAACCUCGAGAAAUCCAUGGAGCUUACGCAUCUCCAGAUUGGCCAGGCCAUCAAGCGCAAGUACACCGAGCUGGAGGAGAUUUCGCAGCGACUCCGCUCCCGACUGGUGGACGUUACGGGGGAAACCUUAAAGUUCCCGGAGUUCGAUGUAAACGCCGCCCUGGACGACUGGCAGCAGGAGGGGGCGGACGACGAUCUGGUGGACGACUUUGAGCGGGCACUGCGCACCCCGACGCCACCCAGCUCCCCCACGCCCUCGACCAGCAAAGGCUUGACCGGCUGCGCACAAAGUCCCAGCAAUGGCACUGGCCAGGAAUAGCCCAGGGCCAUAAUAAGUCAGUUAAUCAUGCUUUCUCCUCUACCCACAUCUCGAUAUUGUCUCUGAUAUUGGCUCAAGCUGUAGUAGCUGUAGUUAACCACCUAGUUGUAGACUAUGAUAAUAUACACGGAACCUAAUCCGAUAUUGUGCUGUACUUAAAAAUUGGCAUCCCGAUUUGCCUCGAUUCACCGUCUUAUGGCUGUCUAUAUAGCAUAAAAUCAAAUCUGAAACCGAUCACCCAGCGAUCGUUUCAUUGAGUUGAAAAUUAAAUUGUCGAUUAAUUAUUGUUUUAAGUCUCGAGAGGAUUUCCCAAUCUACCCAAUCUAGCCCUACCUACACACACACACACACCAACCACACAGAAUAUGUAUUAGUUUCGGAACUGUGUUAAUCACCUAAGUAUUUAGACACUAUUACUUAAUAAAUAUUAAAUUGCUAAUGCAAAGUAAA